UGGCUCAGCUCUGAGGCGCGCCUUCUGAGCUGUUUCAGGGUCUGGCUGCGUAGAGGGGGAGAAAUAGACGUCCUGGUACGAUAUGGCUACCGGCCUUUCUUUCGGGUCCGCUGCCGCUUCCACCACAACAACCCUUAACCCGACGGCGGGUGCCGCGGCCCCGUUUUCAUUUGGGGGGACUCCUGCGGCCAGCAACACCGGCGCGUCUGCGGGACUUGGGUUCGGUGCUUUUGGCUCCACUGCAACAACUACGGCCUCAACAGGACUUGGAGGAGGACUUUUUGGAGCAAAGCCUGCAACUGGAUUUACGCUGGGGGGAUCCAAUACAGGAGCUACCACCACAUCUGCGCCUACGACUGGUUUCAGUUUGCCUUUCAAUAAACCCGCAGGAUCGGCCACUCCGUUCUCCUUGCCUGCUGCAACUACCUCAACGACCGGCCUUUCUUUAUCAUCUGCUUUCACCUCCACCCCAGCAUCAGGAUCAGCUCCGUUUUCCUUAAACUUGGGCAAUACAGCAGCUACUACUACAACAGCCGCGACAGGUCUGUCACUGGGUGCAUCGCUGACUGGCCUCGGUGGAUCGCUGUUUCAAAACACAGCUCAGCCUGCGUCAGGACUUGGCCAGAGCACAUUAGGUUUGGGAUUGGGUCUUAAUUUGGGAGGAAUUGCUCCUGCUGCACAGACUACUACAAAUGAAGGACUCGGAGGCUUAGAUUUCAGCAGUUCGUCUGACAAAAAAAGUGACAAAACAGGAACCAGACCUGAGGACAGCAAAGCACUUAAGGAGGAAAACCUACCUCAAAUAUUAUGUCAAGAUGUAGACAAUUUCCAGAAAUUUGUGAAAGAGCAGAAACAGGUUCAAGAAGAGAUUACUAGAAUGUCUUCAAAAACAUUGAUGAAGGUAGAAGAGGAUAUGAAAGCCUUAAAGCAACUCCUAUCACUCGCAUCCAGUGGACUACAGAAAAAUGCAUUGGCCAUCGACAAACUGAAAAAGGAAACUGCCCAGGAACUAAAAAAUGCUGAAAUAGCUUUACGGACACAGAAAACGCCUCCUGGCCUACAGCAUGAAAAUAUAGCUCCAGCAGACUACUUCCGGACGUUGGUGGAUCAGUUUGAGGUCCAGCUGCAGCAGUACAGACAGCAAAUAGAAGAACUGGAAAAUCAUCUAGCAACCCAAGCCAAUAGUUCACAUUUAACUCCUCAAGAUUUGUCUUUGGCAAUGCAAAAGCUGUAUCAAACCUUUGUGGCGUUGGCUGCUCAGCUGCAGGCAGUACAUGAAAACGUCAAGAUGCUGAAAGAACAGUACCUCGGCUACCGGAAGGCGUACCUGGCUGAUUCUAGCGAUGUGUUCGAGGCGCGGCGGGCCGAAGCGAGGAAGUGGCAGAGCGCCCCCCGAGCUACCACCGGACCUACACCCUUCAGCAACAUGCCAAACGCUGCUGCUGUUGCCAUGGCUGCAACUCUAACGCAACAACAGCAGCCCGCUACAGCAGGGUCCCGGCAGCCUGUGGCCGUUAGUUUUGGAGCUCCGUUCGGCUCUGCCAUGAGCACUGCCUUGCAGCAGCCAGGUGCUUUGGGCUCUUCAAGCCUUGGAGGCUUUGGUAGCACUGCAUUUGGAGGCAGCACCGCAGGAGCUUCCACAUUUGGCUUUGGAACAGCAAAUAAACCAUCGGGAAGCUUGAGUGCAGGAUUUGGCAGCUCAUCUACAUCUGGAUUUAACUUCAGCAACCCUGGCAUCAAUUCAUCAGCUGGCUUAACCUUUGGCGUAUCAAACCCCUCAUCUGCAGGCCUUGCAACAGGAGGACAGCUGCUUCAGCUUAAGAAGCCCCCAGCUGGAAACAAGAGAGGGAAAAGAUAGACUUUUUGCUGACCAAAAAAGCAUCUAGUUACAUCCUAAUUACGUCCUAAAGAUCUAUUUUUCUAAAUCGGUGCAUUAAUUGUACCCCCGAGAGAUUUAUAAACUUUUUAGAAUUUUUAUUCUGUGUUCCUUAGUAUUGUGUUUUUCAAAUAACCUCAUUUUUUCCCCCCAGUCCAUAAGUAUUUUUAAAAUCUGAAAGCUGGGAAUAUAUUUGUAAAAAGUUUUCCUGAAAUUCUCCAGUAUCAUCAUAGGGUUUCUUUCUAAGACACAAACCUAUGUCUGGGAACUCUAUGGGAUUUCUUUGCGUAUUUCAUGAAAUAACUUCUGUGGGUUUUAUAGCUCAACAAUUCUAGGUAUUUGAAAUUCUUCAACUAAGUAAAUACGGGACCAUUCGUCUGUUAUGUGCUUCUGAAGCGAACUUCAUAAGCCAUAAAUCGGGUAUUUCAUUCAGUGACUAUGUCAAAAACGUACUGAGUACCACUGUGUUCCUCUUCUUGUUUUGUGAAUCACUUAAAUUCAUAGUUUUUAUGCAGCUUCAGUGCGACACCCGAUGGCUCAAAAUGUGCAAAAAGUGGCGUUCCAGAAUAUAGCGGUCUGCGCACGCAACGAUGAUUUUGUGCUUCAAAGCGUUCCCGGAAAUGUUAUUUACAAGGUAGUCUGAUUCUUACAUCACAAACUUCCAGAAUUCUUUUGUUUCUUUGCCAUGGCUGUCAAGCUGCUGAUACAAAGUAUUCCUUUUGGUUUUAUAUCUACCAGCGUGUGUAUUUUGUGUUCAAACAAUGAGAGUGAGAUAUUAUCACUUCGAUGUCUGCAUGGGUUUUGCUCCACGAAACGUCAAAUAUGGUAUAUUUGAAUAUGAAUGUACAUGUGCCUAAUAGUGAAUUUAUUUCUUAGCGAAUGAUUUAAUCUGUCUGUAUUACUUUACCUUUUACAUGCUUUGUGAAGACGUUUAGACACUUUUCCAUCUUCAGAGGGCUCCAGUUUCAGAACUGCUUUGAAAUGGUUUGUUUUUCACUUAUUUGAAAUAAAGGAAACAUUACAUUGAUCACCGUUUACCCAUUUACAUAUUAAAAAAUCCAGGUUCGCCAUUGCAUUCUUAUCGGCCCAAUUUCAUGUACACCCCAAGACGUGUCUUCAGUUAUCACA